AAAAAAAAAAAAAAAAAAGAAAAAAAAAAAAAACGGUGCUGGAGAAGAAACGCCUCUCCUCUCUCUGGUUCGAAAAAUGCCAAACAGAGGACAAAGUGAGGGUUUUUUGAAGACAGAGAUAAAGUAAAUCCGCUGUAAGACAGAGAAAGGAAGCGAAGACGAAGUUAUUAUGGUUCAGACUUGAAGAGAGAUAUAUAUAGCGAGAGAGAGAGAGAGAGAAAGAGAAAGAGGGGUUCGCCGCCCAUGGUAAGGAGCUGCUGGUACUAAAACAGGCUCUAGGGUUUCUGUGUUCCAUCUUCUGAGAAGGACUGACAUCCAAUUUAUUUGGUGGUUGUGAUUGGAAAUUCCAACUUCUGUUUACAGAUUUUGAUCAACGGAGCACUGACCAACGGGAUCUGGUGUGAUUUUGUCCUGAAACUCCAGUUUGUUACAAUGAAGGAUCAUGUGUUAGCAAGUUACAAGGAUGCCUUUGACAUUGGGAAUCUCAAGUGACAUGUGAAGCGUUAUGACGCUGGAGGACUUCUUUACCCUUACUGAGAUGAAAGAUGGGCUCACGGCUCCUGCUCGGGUUAGGGAACUGGUCAAUGUAAUGCAGAAGGAGAAAGAUUGUAUUGUGAAGAAUGUUGGUGAUGCAACCAGGCAGUGGUCUACUUUUGCAAGCACUUUAGAAGCCACCGAGGACAAAGACUGUCUUGAUCUUUUUGUUCAGUUAGAUGGGCUGUGGUUUAUUGACAGGUGGCUUAAGGAUGCUCAAAAGUUUGGUAAUGACACAAGUGAGAGCUUUGUGGAAGAGUCGAUCACUGCAUUAUUACGUGCACUCGAAAAGCUGUGUAUAGGUUAUGAGAAGUCAAUGUCUUAUGGUAUCUGGAUGACAGUCAAGAAUCUCCUUGGCCACAGUAGUUCUAGGGUCCAGGAUAGGGCUAGAGCUCUGUUCGAUAGCUGGAAGCAAGAUGGUGAUGGCGGAGCAGUUAACCAAGAUGUUGAGAAGGUUGGGGCAUCCCAUACUGAUGGGAUAAAAGGAAAUGCAGACCUUGCUGGAGAAGGUGGAUCUACAGAAUGUUCUGUCGGGGAUGUUCCUCUUUCUGGAGAGGGUGCUAAUCAAGAAAAACAUGUAGAACCAGCGAGAGAUGAUAUGAUGCCAUCUAUAUGCUCAGAUAUUCUUCAACCGGAAAAGGUUGAUGAUGUAGUAGAGACCCAAAUAUCUGACAAGGAGAAGACUUUAGACCAUGAAGUCAUGAAAGAUGAGUGUUCAUCAGAUCUUGUGGGCUCAGUCAUGUUAAAGCCCAUUAAAGAAAACCUUUCUAUCACGGAAGAAUCCCCACUAUGCCAUUCAGAAGGAGCUGCCUCAAUUGAAACUUGUACUUCUGUGGCGCCGAAACAAGGCAUUGAAGGAAAGUCAGAUGUUCCAGAGUUGAAUGAGUAUACUGAUAAGGCAAAGCAGAUAGAGGUGGUCACAAGUCCCCCCAACAAAUUAGGUGCAGUGGAAAUGUCUACUGUUUCUAGUCAGGUGGAACCCAGGUUUCUUUUGGGUGGUGAUGAUGCUGCAAAUGCUCAGGAAUCUGCCACAGAACCCGAGUUACGAAACAUUAGUGAUACCAAAGAAAAAGUUCAGUCAAAAGAUACACUUAUCGAUGGCACAGGGACAGAUAUGCCCGAGGGGAAAAGCAGGAUGGAUGAUACUGGGUCUCCACAUCAUUGCAGAAGCAUGGUGGUGUUCCAAAAUCAAGGUCAUGAUUCGAAUACUAAUCUUUCAUUGGACUCUUCUGGCAAUGAGGGUAAAUUGGGUAAAGUGGAGGAUCCGGAUACUUCUUUCUCUACAGAAGAUAGUGGGGCUCAAGAGCAUUCUAGUGAUGAAAGUGACGAUCUGGCAAAUGAUUCUAAUUUUUUGAAACCUGCUAUGGAUGCCAAAGAUCCUGACGUGGUUGACCAGAGAAGGCCUGAUUUAGACCUUGACUAUAGCAUGGUGGAUGCUCUGGAGGUUGCUCGACAAGUAGCCAUAGAAGUUGAGAGAGAAGUCGUAGAUUGCAGAGAGCCAAGUUGCAGCUCUUCUGAGAAAAUCUUUGAUGGUGGAAUUGGGCAUCUGGAUAGCCCGGAGUCUAUAUAUGGUAAGGAAAUCCAACCCAAUGAGGCUGCAUCUAAAGAGGUGCCAACUGGACCCAAUCUGUCUGCCAAGACUUCACCACAAAGGGAAGAGCAUUUAAGUAGUGCAAAAACCCUAGAUGUUGAAGCAGAAAAUUGCAUACAAGAUAUAGAGUCCUCUCAGGUCACUCAGGCGGCGCAAGAACCAGAAGUUAACACAGAGAAAGGCCUUGGUGAUUUUGAUCUGAAUCAAGAAGUUUGCUCCGAGGAUAUGGAUUACUCAGGAAAUCCGAUCUCUACUCCCAUCUCUGUGGUUUCCGCUUCAAGGGCUGCAGCGAAUCCUGGGUUUCCUGCAUCUCCUUUGCAGUUUGAGGGCGCUCAUGGAUGGAAAGGGUCCGCUGCGACUAGUGCUUUUCGCCCAGCAUCAUCUCGCAGAAUUCUUGAAGGUGACAAGACUCUUUCCAUUGGGGGGAGCCUUAUCAGUUCAAAGCAGCGCCAGGACUACCUUGAUUUUGAUCUGAAUGUGGUUGAGGCCGGAGAUGAUAAAAUUGCAGACCUAAUACCAGAAAAGCAAAUCCCGGUAUGGUCUGGCCUUCCUUCUGGGGAAUCUUCAAUUGAAGCCAGUCCAAGAAGAUCAGAGAGAUUCAAGUUGGAUCUUAAUCGUAUCAGUGAUGAUGGUGAUGCUCCAUCUGAUUGGAGGAUGGAAGGACAAUUUUUACAGCAUAGGAAUGGCCAUCACAGCCCAUCUCCUUCUUCUUCAUCAUCAUCAAUGCAGCCUGCCUUGAGGAACUUUGAUUUGAAUGACCAGCCAUCUUUUCACAAUGAUUCUUCAGAUCUACUACAUCCGUAUCUUGGUAAGUCAUCUUCACAAAUUUUAAAUGCUUCUGGUGGACUCAAAUUAGAUGAUUCCGUGAUUUCUAUCAUGGGUACCCGAGUGGAGGUCAAUCAAAAAGAUUUUGGUCCUCAAACUCCUUCCUUGCCAAAUGGCAGGACUUUAGAUCCUGCCCUAGAUGUUAAUUUGUCAAGAAGUGGGAGUGCUUUUGGGAUGAGAUCUGUAGUUCCAUAUGCACAUCAUGCUAUUUUUGGGUACAAUGGCCUUACAACAGGGCCUACAAUCACUUUCUCGCCGUCUAUGUAUGGACCUGCUGGCCCAAUCCCUUACAUGGUGGAUUCUAGAGGAGCCCCGGUUGUACCUCAAAUCAUGGGCUCUGCAUCAGCUUCUCCAGCUGCCUACUCUCAACCACCAUAUAUUAUGAGUAUGAUUGGGACACCUCAAGUUUCAAACGGUGCUGGGCCAUCACGGCCUAGUUUUGAUCUGAAUUCUGGGUACAUGACCGAGGGGGGAAACAGGGAAUCCGUGGGUUUGAGGCAGUUUUUUAACUCUGGUCAGAGCAGGUCAAUUGAUGAGCACUUAAGGAACAACUCACAACCCUCCUUGGGUUCUGGUGGUCUUGGAAAACGAAAGGAACCUGAUGGUGGGCGGGAAUCAUACCCAUUUAACUAUAAACAUCAUCAUCAACCACCAUGGAAAUAGAGUGUUUAUCAAAGUUCCCUCUCUGUGGAUCAGUUUAGGAACAAAACAGAAAAGACCAAUGUUUUCAUAACCAUAGGUGAUCCACAGAAUGUAAGCUUAUUGAAAUUGGUGGGUUGGGGAAGUUUCGUGGAACUGAAUAAAAAUGCGGAAUUGUGGCUGUAAUAUGAUUCAUGAGAUUAAUUUGCCAAAGAAGAAAGGAAUUUAGGUUUUAUUGUUUUCAAAAUGGUUUAUUUUCUUAUUUUGCUUUUUCUAUGUUUCAUAGCAGGCCAUUGUUACCAUAGAAAGAAAGCUUGUUACAUGUAGCUCUGUAAUCUCGGUCCUAUAUAUAUCAAAGAAAUUUAGAGAAAUAAUCUUUUUUUUAACC